AUGAAGGUCCGUGCAACCCAACAAGAACUGGAGGAACAUGCGGCGGCGGUCCGCCGGGGUGCUAUGGAGGGCACAGUCGUCAGUGGUGGCGCCGCUGUGGCAGCUUCCUAUUACCUGCAUCGCAACGUAGAAACUUACCGACGCCUGCCGCUCUCUCUCAAAGCACUCGGCAUCAUUAUCAUUGUCGCGCCCUGCCUUUCUAUCCAAGCUGAACGCCGUGGUCUCGAGUACGAGAGAUCCCAAUGGGAGGGCGAAGGAGUGCGUAUCCUCGAUGAAAAACAGUUGCGGGAUGAGAAAAGAUGGCAAUCGCUUACGCUCACAGACAAAGUGGGCGAUUGGGCUGCACGACACGAGUAUAGCAUCAUCCUUGGUGGAUGGGCUGCCAGUUUAGGUCUUGCUGGUGCUAUCAUCUCGCGCAACAAAUAUCAAACCUACCCUCAGAAGAUUGUUCAGGCCCGUAUGUGGGCCCAAGGCUUGACAAUCGGACUCGUCAUUGCUGCUGGGGCUCUGACUCAGAGCAAGCGUGCUGAAACCGCAAGAGAGCAAACCCAUGAUCACUCUUGGAAAGAUUUGUUGGACCAGCAGGAACGAGACAGACAAUUGGAAGAGGCUGCCAUGAAGAGAGCAUCUCUUCCCCAGCCUUCCGCAUGA